UUCCAUUUGGGAUGCUUGUGUGCUGGUAGAUAGGGAAUUGUGCCACAGGCCUUACGUAUUCCACACGGCACUGUGAGGUGGGCAUUGACAUGCUCUGCUUUUAGCAUAAAAGGAACUUUAAGAUGGAAGAAAUUCACUAAGUUGACAUUACACAGCCCUUCUGGAUUAGCACCCCAGUCUGACUGACCUUCAGUUCUCAAUCUCCCAGCACUUGACUUUUCCAAUAGAAGAGGUUGCAGCAUCUACUGGUGGUCUCCAGGCAUAUUAUUAUGAUCUAUGUAUGGAAAAGUCCCAGGAAAUUAAACCUUUUAUAUUGCAAAUACUCCAAGAAGUGGAUGAAGAAAUUGAAAAAGGAUCGGUAGGAAUCACAUUAAAUAUUGCUGGUAACAGUCGCUCACUAUCAGGAGAAAGAGUAACAGGUGAAGAUUUCUGGAUUCUUUGCAGAGUUUUAAAGAAUAAUUCAUUUAUUAAUGGUUUGGAUGUUAGAUACAACCUCCUAAGUGAUGUUGGCGCGUACUAUGCUGCAAAACUGCUCCAGAAACAACGUAAUCUCAUUUACUUAAAUCUUAUGUUUAAUGACAUUGGGCCUGACGGUGGAGAACUGAUUGCUAAAGCCCUACAUAAGAACAGAACUCUGAAACACCUCAGAAUGACUGGAAACAAGAUUGAAAAUAAGGGUGGAAUGUUUUUUGCUGCAAUGCUACAAAUUAAUUCAUCCUUAGAGAAAUUAGAUCUGGGUGACUGUGAUCUGGGAAUGCAAAGUGUGAUAGCAUUUGCUACAGUCCUAACUCAAAACCAAACAAUUAAGGGAUUAAACCUAAACCGACCCAUACUGUAUGGUGAACAGGAAGAGUCUACAGUUCACCUAAGCCACAUGUUGAAAGAAAAUCAGUGCCUUAUUGAAUUACACAUAUGUAAACAUGAUAUAAAAAAUUGUGGUAUGAAACAGUUAUGUGAUGCACUGUAUCUGAAUAGGAGCCUACAAUACCUUGAUGUAAGCUGCAAUAAAAUAACUCAGGAUGGAAUGAAGUAUUUGGCCGAUGUUCUGAAAAGCAAUACUACCCUGGAAGUAAUAGAUCUUUCUUUUAACAGAAUGGAAAAUGCAGGAGCAAACUAUCUCAGUGACGCUCUUGCUUCACACAACAGGACUCUUAAAGCGUUGUCAGUGGUGAGCAACAACAUAGAGGGAAAAGGACUUGUUGCACUUUCACAGUCGAUGGAAACAAACCCUACACUCUCUCAUAUCUACAUCUGGGGAAACAAAUUUGAUGGAGCUACAUGUGUGGCAUAUUCAGAUUUAAUUCACACAGGCCGUCUAAAACCAGACAAUACAGAUGUGGAGCCGUUUGUGGUGGAUGGACACGUGUACCUUGCAGAAGUCUCCAAUGGCCUUAAAAGGCAUUAUUACUGGACACCAGGUUAUGGAGAAGCUUGCAGCCCAUCAUCUAAUGCAGGUUUUUCUCUUGCACCAGUCAGCCGGUCAAGAAUACAGCCUGCAGUCUCUUGUUGCAGUGACUCUCUUCACAAUGUUCUCUCUGCCUGGAUGAACACUUCCUUUCCCAUUUCCAUCCUCCAUGUUUCAGGUUCUCUAGAAUUAAGCCUUCCCAAUACUCAUGUCGGAAAGACUCAAUCUCUUCUUCAGUACUCUUCUGUCUUUACCAUAGCCUACAUUCUGUCUUGUAAUCACAGUUAUUUACUUAGAUUUCUGGUUUCCCGCACUAGACUGUAAGCUCUCUGAGGACUAGACUACACUUUCCUAGUAUCUGAGUGGUUAUGUGUACUUUAGAGGUACUUAACAAAUGCUCGUCGAAUUUAGGACUCACUCAAGUUUUCAGAUGUUACUACCUUAAUCUUUAUGAUGUUUAUGUUUACUACCCAAAACUUAGUAUCAUCUCUACACAGUGAGGAAGACUAAUUUUGUUUCUAGGCAGAAAAGAAUUGUAAGCACGUUGAAACUUCUUCAAGGAUUCAUUUUUAAGCAACAGACUAAAAAUUCUGUAGUAUGGUUUUCCACUUCACAUAUUGUGACAAUUUGGGCAUAUCGGUUUUCCUAUUUACUCUCAUACAAUUUUUGGACUGGUGUUCAUGAUGCUCCUUUCUCUGUAUAACUACAAUAAACCCCAGGUAACCCAGACUCUAGUAUGGGAAAGAGUGACAUACAGUUGUUUUAUGUAUUCUUUCAUUCUUGAAAUUGUUCAUACAUCAGGUUUUAAAGGAGAAAAUAUUUUCAAGCAAUGUUUAUUACAAGGUCAAUAUGGAAAGAAACAGUCAACUCACCUACACAUUACAAAGCUACCUUCCUCAUAUGGGUACACCUUGUUUUAAAAAAUACAUAUCUAAUUUAAACUGUUACAACGUGUAUCUCAAUAUUUUAAGGAACAGCAUAAGUAUGAGAGCUCCAAGUU